AUGCAGGAAAGCAAGAAAAACAUACCGGUUGACGACAGCUUCCGUAGAAUAUCUAAUUCUUCAGAAUUAUCGUCAGAUUCAUCCGGUCUAUCUCACCUUAGCAGCCGACUAGUGAAUGUUCCGGAUAAUGUUGAACCUGAGAGCAUGGUGAAUCACCUGAUUUUCAAGCCCCCGAAGAGUUACAAAAGAGGGCAAGGCGAAAUACCAUUCCACAUUCCCCAUAAGAAAGUACUGGAAAAGAUCGAACACAAGCGAGAAAUACCAGAACCCCUUACCGGGUUCAGAUAUCAGCAGAAAGCGAUCUUUCAAAGAGUAUGCUUACCGUAUGUGGAUGUACCAGAAGUGGAACGAAAACCUAGCAGCACACCUGACGGCAGUACUCUUGUCCUGAAGACCGUAAAAAUCGAUGUGAGGCCAGUCGGUAAGGUCGUCGAAGAGGCGGAUGAUGCGGAGUUUAGAAAGAAGAGUCCGUUGAGUCAACCGCCAGAAGUGGCCGACCAGCUUGAGCUAAUCAGCAACUUGCGAAAUGACCCUAAACUCGGUUUCUUUUACAUGGUUUACGCCGUUGACCGAUGUUCCGAGUUCUUCACCCCAUACGCGUUGAAGAUUGUCCCAUACGGCCAACUCAAGCGUACCUACAUGACGAUAAGUGUGAACGGCGUGACGCAGUAUAGCCCCGAUGAAAUGUCGUUUACACCGAUGGAACUGUGGGAGAGGGAGUAUCGGUUUUACUUGAAGCUGAUGAGGAUAAGGACAUUCACAACAUACCGAACAUGGAAAGCGCUCUACGUUUGGAGAAAGACAGUAACAUGGACGAAAUUCCUCGAGGCUAGAGGCUACAUGGAGCAAAACCUGUUCAUAUCUGAUCCAAUUUUGAGCAAAGCACUCCUUGAAGUGAAAGCAAUGUGCGCGGUCUUCUUGGACUCGUCAUUCAACGACUUUUCCGCAAUUGAGAAAAUUCCUCUCUUCAUGUUCAUCGAAGCACAGUUCGCGAAACUAGAAUCCAUACGGGGUAAAUUGGACGAAUUCAGGAUGCUGGCUGUAAAUAUAGUAAACAACGCAUGCCUUGGCGCUCUUUUGAAGGAGGGAUACACGCCUGAAGAUUCGAAUGUUACCAUAGAACAGACAGCUUACGGGAAACUUGGUAACGAUAUUUUUGGUGAUUUCGGAAGGUCAGUUCAGCGGGGCGAAAUUCAAAAUCCCGAAGGACGGAGUUUUGAAAAUGAGCUACAUAGAACAGGCUCCAAGAUAUUCUUACCACCGAGAAGUUUCAUCCAUUUGAUCGACUACAUGCAAACAAAUAUGAUGCAAGUUCUGCUUCAUAAUACCUACAAAGAAAUAGUCACCGUGCUGAGUGUGUACGAUCAGUUUUUACCAUCCAAAGAAUUUUUGGAGUCUUCCGAUACUGAAGCUAUUCUAGAGUUACCAAAUUUUAAUGGAACGUUGCCUCAGUGCCCAUUUUUCGUUACAAGUUUAACCGUAUCAAUCGAAACCGGGCUAAACAUUGAUCCUUCUGAAGAGAUAUUUUACUUUGUGUUGCAAACAGUGUGCGACCUGUGGGAAGAGAAUUUAGAUGCGAUAAAGCCGCUUCUCUCCGAUCCGUUUUUCUAUCCUUUCACGAGGCCAAUGAUUAAUCACAAAAUUGAAGAACGACUUUGCGGCAAGCCACCAGAAAUUUUGACGGUCUUGAAACAAGAUCCUGGUAUAGGGGUUGUGAAAAAGGAAUUCAAUCAGGUCCUUCGGCAGCAUAUGGAAGCUGUAAAACUGUACUGGAAACGGUUGAAACCAAUCGAAGAGUUUUACCAAGAUGACAUGACCUCUGACGAUCAAAUUAUGCGGAGAGAAACUCUGUGUGAACAGUUUCGCAAAUGGUUCAUACGCUACACGGCAGAGAUUGAAACCAUCAGCAAAGUUGCGGAACAUCAAAAUUUGGGCUUUUUCCACGUGACGUUAAGCAGAUUCAAGGAAAUGGCCUUAGUCGCACCCAACAAAAAAAUAGCCGUGCUAGAAUCAGUGUUGCCUUCAAUCGGAAAAACCAAAGUGGACAGUGUUCUAAUGGAGGCAAUUGACGCGAUAAAUUAUCUUGAGGCUGAUCCGGUAUCGACGGACGACUUUGUGGCGUACAUUAAAUUCCUCGACAAGUCGCAAACGAAAAUAGACAGUAUGGAGACCCAGCUUGAAUACGCAAAAGAAAUCUACGAUAUCAUGGAAGAGUAUCGGAUUACCGUCCCUGUCGAAGACAUGGCCAAUUAUCUGGGUAUUAAUGUACAGUUUACGAGUUUACGUUUAGCUGUUGAGAAACGACUUGUGGCCAGAGAUAACCUGAUAGCAAGCUUCAACGCGCAGCUUCAGUCUGACAUCAACGAACUGAUCGACAAAAUUUCGGAAAUCAAUGACGAAGUUGUUGUAAGUCUUUCGUAUAAAAUUUUCCUUCCAACGAAAUGA